UACAAGAGGAAAGGAUACCAAACACCCUUCCAAGCCUAAGAGAGAACCACUUCUCUCUCUAACCCAAUUCCAAAACUGAAUAACAAGAUACCCCUAAUGUUCACUAAUCCCUUCUAACUAACUACCUAAUAGGUGAGUACCUAUCAUUAAUUGAUCCAGGAUAUUGCUCUUGCAGGACAUGCCCCCACCCACCCGAUUAGGCUCGGUCUUGCAAUCAACUUUUCUGUGUUCUAUUAUGAAAUCCUUAACUCAGCCAGAUCGUGCUUGUAAUCUUGCGAAGCAGGAAUGUUGUAGAAAAAAUAAAGAAAAUCAUAGCAAGCAAGUGAUUCCACACACAGGGGGUUCUGAAGCUAAUUCAAGAAGAAGGCAUGAGAUAAGACUGGUCUACAAAUCAAGCACCAACUCAAUCAUCGCAUACCGCAGAAGCUUUGCUGUAGAGGGGAGGAUGAGGUCGCAGGUUGCGGUUGGUGAAGAAGAAGCUUGGCUUUUAUGGUGGUGCAGGUUGGUAAUUUUAGGUGUUUGAAGAAAAAUGGUGGUGAGAGAAAAGGUGUUGAUGGAGGUGCUUCAUGGUGGCCAAAGUGGUUUUCCAAGGUUGUUGUCACCAAAGUUUUGUGGGUUUUUAGGCGAAUAUCUAGAAAUUAUUUUGGGUAUGAUACCCGCAUAAAGUGGCUUUGUACAUUAUUGUCAUGUGAUAUUUUAAGUUACAGGUUUCUUAUUUUGCUGAAAAAGACGGAGGAUUUAUUGUUGCAAUUUUAAAAAGUUC